AUGUCGUACCAGAAGGCCGAGAAGGACUUCGGCGAGGCGCCGAAGGUCCACAAGAUCCGCAUCACUCUGACCUCCCGCAAGGUCCAGUCCCUUGAGAAGGUCUGCCAGGAGCUCAUUGAGCGUGCCAAGAACAAGGACCUUCGCGUCAAGGGCCCUGUUCGCAUGCCCACCAAGACCCUCAAGAUCACUACCCGCAAGACUCCUUGCGGUGAGGGUUCCAAGACCUGGGACGCCUACGAGAUGCGCAUCCAUAAGCGCCUGAUCGACCUGACUGCCCCGACCGAGAUCGUCAAGCAGAUCAUUAUCAACAUCGAGGCUGGCGUUGAGGUCGAGGUCACCAUUGCUGCUUAA